GCAGAUGACGUGGAAGAGUACAUGAUUGAAAGACCAGAGCAGGAAUUCCAGGACCUAAACGAGAAAGCACGGGCCCUCAAACAUAUCUUGAGUAAAAUCCCAGACGAGAUCAACGACAGAGUGCGCUUCCUACAGACCAUAAAAGACAUCGCCAGUGCUAUAAAAGAGCUGCUGGACACAGUCAACAAUGUGUUUAAGAAAUAUCAGUAUCAGAAUCGCAGGGCACUUGAACACCAAAAGAAGGAGUUUGUGAAGUACUCCAAAAGCUUCAGUGAUACGCUGAAAACAUACUUUAAAGAUGGAAAGGCAAUAAACGUCUUUAUCAGUGCCAACAGGCUUAUCCACCAAACUAACUUGAUACUACAGACCUUCAAAACCGUGGCCUAGGAGACGGAGCUGUGACGUGUGCGGGAGUGUGGAGCCAGUUAUGUGUAAUAUACAAAGAUAUUUGUCUUUUCAAAGUAUAAUUUAUCAACUUUGCCUCAUUUGAAGGAACUUGAAAUGGGGAGUUCAAUACACGUUAAUUUACUCUUAGCUGAAUAAUUAUGAUUUUCACCCUUACUGACAGCUUCAUUACAUUUUUCUUUCACUGUUGUUCCGAUCAAACGAAAGCCAAAAGACUUUGCGCCUUAAAGUGUCAUGCAACAUUCCAUAUUCAAAGUGUAAAUAUUGGUAUUCUGUCUUUGUCAUUGAGACAUAAAGAAUAAGAAUAAAUGAUGUAUUUAACAGAUAUUUGGUUAUAAAUGUUCAAUAAAUAGUUUCCAAUGUUUAA